AUGGCUCCCUCGGCCACCAACGAGCAGCCUGCAGCUGCGGCGCAGUCUGACAGAAAGGCGCACCCGCCUCCCAAGAUUUACAACGUCAAGGAGACGCGCUUCGAUAAGUUUAUCGCUCCAGAUAGCGAAGGUCACAAGAAGGCCCUUCAGCAAAAUGGCAACGCCGCGAUCGUCAUUGACAAUGGAUCCUCCUCCGUCCGCGCUGGAUGGUCGUUCGAAGAUACACCUCGCUUCAGCAUGCCUCCGAUCAUGGCCAAAUACCGCGACCGCAAACUCGGCAAGACCUUCUCCUUUGCCGGCGCCGACUGUUUCGCCGAUACGACUGCUAGGGGCCACAUACGCAACGCCUUCGAGCAAGGGACAGGAAUUGUCAGUAACUGGGACGUCAUGGAACAUGUGCUGGACUAUAUUUUCCUUAAACUCGGCAUGAACGACUCCGAUGGCGGCAUUGAUGUGCCAAUUGUCAUGACCGAGGCCGUCGCCAAUCUACCCUACUCGCGGAAAUCAAUGACGGAAAUCAUCUUUGAAUGCUACGGCGCGCCAUCGCUGGCCUACGGCAUCGACUCCCUAUUCUCAUACCGACACAACCAAGGAAAGACUGGACUGGUAGUGUCGUCAUCCUACACCUCUACGCACAUUAUACCCGUUUAUAACUCGAAGGCCAUGCUUGGCCAAGCCACACGACUAAAUUGGGGAGGGUAUCAUUCCUCCGAAUAUCUGCUCAAGCUGAUUCGUCUCAAAUACCCUGCGUUUACCGGCAAGCUCAAUGUUUCUCAGGCAGAGCAUAUGCUUCAGGAUCAUUGCUACAUUUCUGAUUCGUAUGAUAAUGAAAUCAAGGGCUACCUGGACUGGACCGGCCUUGAAGAUCGCGAUGUUGUAAUCCAGUACCCCUUCACAGAGGAGGUUAUUGUGCAGAAGUCCGAGGAGGAGCUCGCGCGCAUAGCGGAGCGCAAAAAGGAAAGCGGCCGUCGUUUACAAGAGCAGGCUGCCAAGCUACGCCUAGAAAGGCUGAUGAAAAAGGAGCAGGAUUUAGAAUACUACAAAGUCCUCCAGGAGCAAAUCGCUAAUGAGACCAAGAAGGAGACGAGACGGCUUUUGGAUAGCAACGAGAUCAAGGAUGAAGCGCAGCUCGAAAAGAUGAUCAAGGAACUGGAUAAGACCAUCAGGAAAGCCAGAAUCAAGGAUGUCGGUGGUGAUCCCGAGGAGGAAGAAGAGGCGCCCAACUUUGAUCUGCUUGACGUUCCCGACGACCAGCUUGAUGAGGCACGACUCAAGCAGAAGCGCCAACAGCGACUGCUCAAGUCCAACCACGAUGCCCGCGCCCGCGCUAAAGCCGAGAAGGACGCCGAGAAGGCGCGCAUCGAGGAAGAGGAGCGCCUCGACAAUGAACGCCGCGAUACUGAUCUGGAGAGCUGGCUGGACGAGAAGCGCCAGGCUCGCCUGGAGGCUCUAGCCAAGAUCAAAGAGCGCGACCGUCUCAAGCAGGAUCUCGGCAACCGCAAGUCGCUGGCCUCGCAAAUCCGCAUGAAGAGCAUCGCAAACCUGGCCUCGGACACACCGACCAAGAAGCGCCGCCGCGGUGGAGACGACGACAACUUUGGCGCCGACGACGACGACUGGGGCGUGUACCGUCAAAUCACCGUCGGCGACAACAGCGACGACGAGCACGAGGAGGAGGAUCUCAACUCGAGCCUCAAGACGCUCGAGCAGGAGCUGCUCAAGUACGACCCAGAGUUCACCUACGAGCACACGCAAGAGGCGCAGUCGGACUGGUCGCGCUCGCUGCUGCACGCCUUUGCCCGCGGCCCGCGGCCGUUUGAGGGCACGCAGGCCGAGCUCAACCAGAUCCACCUCAACGUCGAGCGCAUACGCGUGCCCGAGGUCGUCUUCCGCCCGUCCAUUGCCGGCGUCGACCAGUCGGGCGUCGUCGACAUUGCCGGCGACGUGCUCAACCAGCGCCUGCCGGGGCUCGGCGCCAGCGUCGACGACUUUCUGAAAGACGUCUUCCUCACCGGCGGCAACACGCUGUUCCGCAACUUUGACCAGCGCAUGCGUGACGGCCUGCGCGCCCUGCUGCCCGCCGACGCGCCCCUGCGCGUGCGCCACGCCCAGGAUCCGCUGCUCGACGCCUGGAAGGGCGCCGCCGGCUGGACGGGCACGCCGGCGUGGAAGCAGGCCAAGAUUUCGCGCGAGGAGUAUCUCGAAAAGGGCGCCGAUUACAUCAAGGAGCACGACAUGGGCAACUCGUAUGCUUGA